GAGAAGAGAGAAGAGAGAGGAUGUGGAGUUCAAUAGUUGUAGCAAGAAGAGCUUCUCUCAGCAGACUCGCAAGAGGAUCAAAGUCGCGUUCGAUUCAGAAAUCUCAUCUUCAGCCCCAGGACCCUGAAACAAAAAAGCCUCUGUAAAGAUAUAUGUUGACAAAGAGACUGGAAGAAAAAAGGGUGAUGCGCCUGUUUCAUUUCUGAAGGAACCUUCAGUUGCUCUAGCCCUCCAUAUUUUGGAUGGAGCACCUCUACGGCCUGUGGGCAAGAUUCCUAUGUCAGUUACCCAAGCAAAGUUUGAGCAGAAAGGGGAGAAAUUUAUAUCCAAACAAACAGACAAGAGAAAGAAAAGGAAACUUCAGAAGGUGGAACAGAAGAUGCUUGGUUGGGGUGGUCGUGAUGAUGCAAAGCUUUCAAUUCCUGCCACUGUUAUUCUUCGAUAUAUGUUCGCUCCUGCAGAAAUGAGGUCUGAUGAGAAUCUACGUUCUGAAUUAGAAGCAGAUGUCCACGAGGAAUGCGUAAAACUUGGUCCUGUUGAAUCAGUCAAGGUUUAUGAGAAUCAUCCUCAGGGUGUUGUUUUGGUAAGAUUUAAGGAUAGAAGAGAUGCCCAGAAGUGCAUAGAUAUGAUGAAUGGAUGAUGGUUUGGUGGUUGGCAGAUCCACGCGAGUGAGGAUGAUGGAAUUGUUAACCAUGCUAAGGUGCGGGAUUCGCAAGAUGAUGCUGAAAGAUUGGAGAAGUUUGGAGCCGAACUCGAAGAAGAUUGAGUUGAAUUCUGCAUUUGAACUUGAAGCAUCUUUCACUGACAUUGAUCACCCGUAUAAUCCAAAUAUGAGGAGCUUGUAGAUGACUGAACCUGUCACGUUUACAUAAACAUAUUUUACUCAUGAAGACAUUUAAUACCCAAAUUUUGAAAUAUUUAUUUCUUUC